AUGGCUUUCGUGCGUUUAAUUUUUACCGCAAAUAAUUUGAACAAACUAAAGAAUGAGCUGAUUGAAGAAAAAAGAGACGCCGUGAAAGCGGCCCGUCACGAGAAACGAAAGAAGAAAUUUCGCCACAUCGGAGUGGAUGUCCGGGUGGCUUUUAGACGCUGCUUCGGGAGGAUUUGCAGGCUUCCGGAAGACAACCGGAUACAUAGAACGUGCUUCAUGCUGCGGCGCGACGGCAGUUGCGAAAAUUACACCCUCAAAAGCGUUUUCGGCUUUUUCGGCGGGAUUCUGUUAACCUAUUUGAUGUUCAUAUUUUUCGUUUUUCAACUCAACGUGAAGCUCACAACCGCUACGGUACUGUGCUCCAUGAUGGGUUGCAUUUUGACCAUCGGAUUAGCGUUUAGCACACGCGUGAGGUGCAUCGUUCUGUUGACUCUGCCGCAGUUCUUUUCUAGAAAAGGACGGCAAGCGUUGCUCGCGUACGGAUUCAUUUUAACUCUGACAGGACCUGCGCAGAAUACGCUCAAUAAUAUGGGGAUCUUAAGCGAAUCUUUGGCCUGCGGUCAGGAACAAUUGAAGCAGGCCGUGCGUCAAAUAAUCGAAGUGAUUAAAAAACCGUUCGUCGCUAUCAAAGAGGCGAUCAAAAAAGUCGUCAAGACCGUUAAGGAAGUGGUGAAAAAGAUUAAGGAAAUCCUCAUGAAGAUCAAGAAAGUCAUCAUGUCAAUACUGCGCGUGAUCAAGGCGGCGUUCGAAUUUCUCGGGAAAAUUAUCAACAUUUGCAAUAAGGAGCUGGGCACCCCUUUCGAAAGGUGUACGCGGGUGUUUGAGAGCGCCAUUGCCGACUGCAAUGCCAAGCUUGGACCCCUGUUUAGUUGGUUGUGUUCGAUCACGUAUAUCGUCAAGGCGGUUUGCUACGUUGUUAAAAUAUUCGAUUAUGUUUGCAUGUUGGUCGAUUUCAUAAGCGACUCGAUUAUUGGCGUGGUCAUCAGAAAAGUCAAAAUGUUCGUCCGUCAAGUAAAAACUACGUUCUACGUUCGUAUAAAGUUCUCGCAUUCGUUCAAAUUCGAGACUACCGCCUCAAAGAACCUCAAAGAAAUAGCGCAAGAGAUAGUUGCUGAGAUUAAGGACAGGUCGAAGAGGAUAGUGGCGUUUUUCAACUUCAUGACGUCGGCCGCCAUGUUGUUUUUCCUGUUUAUGGUAUUUCAGGUAACAUAUUACCGCUUCAAGUUCCUAACCAGCGAACGAUUCGACAAUAUCUACAUAACGAAAUAUUUCCGACAGAUCGACAUGAGACGGGCGAAACUUUCCAAGGAAACCGUGUUGCCAUUGAAUAAAAGAGAAAGAAAUCUCUACGUGCCAAUUAACUCGCUGAGCCUUGCCAAAUUGGAACGAAAGCAACUGACCAAAGCACUGACGAUGGUCGCAACGGCCACGUUAAAAAUGGCGACUCACAUGGCCGGAGAUUAUUGCCUGUACUGGGUGUUGAACUUGAUAAGCUACCACGGCAGAUACCAAUCCAAAAUGCAACUGCCUAACAUGCCGACGCCUCACGUUACCGGCGAAGGACUCAUAGCGAAACUUCUGAAAGCGAUCGUGAAAGCGUUCCAGCCGGUUGGUAUAAACCUCGAGAUAGAUACGGUGCCGUGUCUUCCUAUUCCGAUCCCACCGGACUUGGAUCGUUACGUCCAAAUCGCCAUCGUCUUGGUGAUAUGUUGGUUCUUAACGUUUCUGGAACCGUACGGGUUGAGAUUCCGAAACUAUAUCAUGUCUUACUACCAUCCGACCAGAGCGAAACAAAGAACCAUAUGGCUCUAUAAUCACAUAUUGAGGUCGAGAACUUCGUUUUUGAAAUUCGCCAGGCGACUAUUGAGGCGUAAGUUUUUCGGAGCAAAGGACGAGAGGAUCACUUGCAAGGAGUAUUUGCGUGCAAAUAUGAGGUGCUGGAUAUGUAGAGUCUGCUUGGGAGACGACCUUCAAACUGCUUGCUUAGUAUGCGGCGAAGUAUUCAGAGAUUCGGAUCCCCAGAAACCUAUUAGAUGCCAUACUCCAGGCUGUCCAGGGGUGUUUUGUGUAGAGUGCUUCGCGGAACUGCAGAACGUUUGCCCCAUAUGUUUGGCCCCGAUCGAAUACGGUGACGUCGAAGACGAGGAAAAGUACUUACCCGAUCUUCCAAUCGGAAUUUCUUCCAACGUUACGGUUUCUUCCAGAGAUUCGUCCGACGAGGAGGAGCCAAAAGGCAAGGCAGAAAUCGUAGAGGCGAAAGAAGAAGGCGUCUCUGAUUCUUCGACGGAUUACUCGUACUCUUAUCAGUAUGACGAACCGCAAACUGCCGAACUACCCCCUCCAUUGACUUACGGCAAGGACGUAGAAAAACAGCAUAUUCCGGAUUACGCUAGCAUGGAUAGUUUUCGUGAGGACGCGGAAGACGAAGCCACCACUCUAGUAGAAGUCGAUAUCGAUAAUAAACUCAGAAUCGAUCAAGGACAGUCGGCGUUCAUAAAAUUGUCUAUAGCGUCGCAAGUGAUGGACGAUUCUUCGGAGGAAGACGUGCCUCUGCUGCAAAGUGUCGAUUGUCAAUGUUCGGAUUCGGAGGAUAUCAAGCACGUUGAAUUUGUGGGAUUAGAUGAGAAGAACGCGUCUAGGAGAUAUCGACAGCACGUUAAAUUAAUUCCUGCUAGUUCUGGGUCGGAGUGCGUAUGCUCCGAAUUGGAGAUGAUUGAGCAUUUGGAAGAGACGUCAUUCGUUACUCUGCCCAAGAGCACGAUGUCGACGAGUACUCGCACGGAUUGUUUAUUUUGCCAGCGACCAAAUUUGAAACGAAAACCUAUCAACCAUGUCGUACCACAGUUGGAUUUGUCGUUUGUAAAUGAAGAUUUCCCGCGCAACCAGAACAGGCUUAAUGAUAAGUUCCGUUACGUCACGUACGAGGAAGUAUCCGAAUCACCAACAGUGGGAUCUUCUUCGGCGUUAUCAAAUCCACCGAGUAGAAGGAAUCAACAUCUAAGGAGACGGCGUCAGGAUAGCCGCCAGAGAUGCCAGCCACCGUCAGAUUCACCCCGUGGCUUCGAGUCUAGUAGAACCCGAAACAGAAAUGUGAAAGAGUAUUACGAAGCGACCAGGAACUAUCCCAGUGGAACUGGACGUAUCGGACCGAUGAGAACAAACUUUGUAAAUUUGUUUAAAAAAUUAUUGCCCAAGAUUCGCUUCUCUAUGCCGGGAUCUCCGUUCCUAUUAUCCUACGGCAAAGGUUAA